AACCUAUAGCUGGUCCAGCCUAAAGCCUCACCUCGGUCACGACUGCUCGGCUGGGACUGGGAAGAAUUCCAAAAGUCCCCCGCGGAAGGCGACGGUGAUCUACGCAGUCAAUUAUGUGCUGGAGAGUGGGUUGGACGUGCAGUUGAAGUUCGGUUCAGGUGACGAGCUUAGUGCAGGGCGGUGAACCUAAUUGAACCAUAGUGUAAUCUGUGUGUUUGCCAACGUGAUAAGCUUAAACGGAGAAAUUGGCGUUCAAGUCACCCGCGGAUAUCAUGCAGCGAUGAGUCAUCUCAAGUUUCUGGGAACGAAACCACGGGAAGCUGCCGAAGGUGUAAUUACAAACCCUUGAGGUAUCGAAUGCAGAAGAAGGAAAACCAGUUCUACCGAACACACCACGUCCAACAAGUAAACAUUCUAAACAACAACUUUAACGUUGGAUCGUGACUUGGGACACGCGAAAGUGCCACCACAUUCCUUGCGCAAGUGUGUUGUUUAGAGAUUUAGCAAACACAACAGGUUGAACGCGUCAUCGCGAACUUGCAAUACCAUAGACGAUGUCAUCGCUAGCUCGUACCAGAACGAUGGUGUGGCUUGGGCUGGUGGUCUUGGCGGCGUUGACCGUAGUGUCGAUCAGUGCGGCAUCGGAGUUCUGUAACGAGACCAAGCCGUGCAAGGAGGACGAGUACUGCGAUGAGCAUAGUUCGAAUUGUGCGCACUGCAGCCAGAUUUGUACCGCCGGAAGGCCGGAGUUCAGCGAGGUGGACUGUAACGGCAGGUGUAAAGAUUACCUAAUUCUGCAACGCAUCGCCACCCUGGAAAACAACCUGUACACCACGAUCAUCAUAUUCGCCGUGGUCCUCGUUCUCCUUGCCGUAACGGUGGCCAUCAUCAUCGGCCAGUGGUCCCGCAAAAAUGGCCACCUUUCGUGUGCCCGGCUAAAGCGCCUCAUCCGAAGGGACGAAAAAUCCAACCCACCACCUGCGAUGGAGUACACCCACGAGAACCCGCACACCAAGAGUCCCAAGUUGAACGCCCGGAGUUCGGUUGGUAGCGCUGGAGGCACCAGCCACAAUGGUCCACUGCCGUUGCCUCCGUCGGCGGUGGGAUCGGUGGCCACGGUUAGUCCGGCCAGCAUCUACAUGGGAAUGGAGGCAAAUGGAUCGGUACGGACUACGGUUACGUCGCUGAACAGUCAAUAUCCGCCGUCGGAGGUUUGGAGGGAUAACUAUGCUUACGAUAAUGGCGGAUUGGUUGUUACUCCCACUGAGAAUAAUUAUGAAUACGUUGAUGCUAAGAUGCAUUUGAGGAGAACUUAGAGUGUGAAGUCUUUAUGAGAGUGGACUAAGGUACUUUGGAACUAGGUAGUAUGCAAAUAUUCUUGUCCCAGUGAUAGUUGUGAGUGUUUUAAUUCAACAAUUCCCUCCACUAGAUUUUCGAUUAAGGAUUAGUAUUAUACAAUGUUCUUUGUCAAAACACGUUGAAAUUACGUUUAAGAUACCCAUCACAAACAAUCACAAAGAAUUUAUCCAUCACAUAUUUUAGCAAGGUUUUGAUAGUCACCAUACAGUCGUAGCAGGAUAUUUCUUUCCAGCAAAAAAUCACAAAACUCAGGAGUUCCUUAAAUAAAACGUAUUUUUUUCGACCCAAUGAA